AUGAAAGGUCUGGACAAGAAAGACUCAAUGAUAGAUUCUCAGCUGACUGUUCCCUAUGAAGCAGAAGAUGUGGAGAAGAUCCAAGAAGAAAUGAUGUGGAAAGAUCACAACCAACGUGUGCUACAACAACUUCGUGAAGGGGAUAUCUCCACAACGCCAAGUUCAAAGAGUGAAGGUUCUUGUUCACCAGCCGCCAGGCUGAACCGUUUGGACAGCACGAGUGACUUGAGCGAUGUGAGCAGCGCAGGGCCAUCAGCAAGUUUGGUGGCACAACAACUUGGCCGGUGCAAUACCGGAGAACAACUCAGCAAACAUCUUGACUUUGACUCUCUCAGUGACACCUCUUGGGUUUCAGCAGAAGCCCAACGCAUCAUGCAGAAUGCAAAGCAGGAUGCAGAAAAGGCCGCAAGAUUGCUUGAACAUGCAAAGGCAAUGAUCGCUAAGGCUGAGCAACAGCAGAAGCAGCUAGAAGAUGCAAAUGGAAAGGAAACGCAAAAGACAGCUGAGGCAGAGGCAAACAAGAAGAAAGAAGAGGAUGCGAAGAAGGCAGCAGAGGCUGAAGAGGAGAGAAAGAAAGCACAGGAUGCGAAGAAAGCUGAAGAGGAAAGACAGAAAGCUGAAGAUGCUAAGAAGACAGCAGAGGCUGAAGAGGAGCGAAAGAAGGCAGAGGAGGCAAAGAGGGCCGAAGAGGAGAGAAAGAAAGCAGAGGAUGUCAAAAAGGCUGAGGAGGAGAGAAAGAAAGCAGAGGAUGCGAAGAAGGCAGAGGAGGAAAGACAGAAAGCUGAAGAUGCGAAGAAGACAGCAGAGGCAGAAGAGGAGAGAAAGAAAGCAGAGGAGGCAAGGAAGGCCGAAGAGGAGAGAAAGAAGGCAGAGGAGGCGAAGAAGGCUGAGGAGGAGAGAAAGAAAGCUGAGGAUGCCAAGAAGGCAGAGGAGGAAAGACAGAAAGCGGAGGAUGCGAAGAAGGCAGAGGAGGAAAGACAGAAAGCUGAAGAUGCGAAGAAGACAGCAGAGGCUGAAGAGGAGCCAAAGAAGGCAGAGGAGGCAAAGAAGGCCGAAGAGGAGAGAAAGAAGGCCGAGGAUGCGAAGAAGGCAGAGGAGGAAAGACAGAAAGCUGAAGAUGCGAAGAAGACAGCAGAGGCAGAAGAGGAGAGAAAGAAGGCAGAAGAUGCGAAGAAGGCAGAGGAGGAAAGACAGAAAGCUGAAGAUGCGAAGAAGACAGCAGAGGCAGAAGAGGAGAGAAAGAAAGCACAGGAUGCGAAGAAAGCUGAAGAGGAAAGACAGAAAGCUGAAGAUGCGAAGAAGACAGCAGAGGCAGAAGAGGAGCGAAAGAAGGCAGAGGAGGCAAAGAGGGCCGAAGAGGAGAGAAAGAAAGCAGAGGAUGCGAAGAAGACAACAAAGGCUGAAGAGGAGAGGAAGAAAGGUGAGGUUGAGAAUAAGAAACCAGACGAUGCAAAGCGACAUGCGGAACACAACAAGGCCCUAGAAGAGAAGCAAAAAGCUGAGGAGGCAAUGAAAGUUGCCCAAGAGAUGAUGGAGCAAGCAAAAAAGGCGUUAGAAAAAGCAAAGGGCAAAGAAGAGGGCAAAGAAGAGGGCAAAGAAGAGGGCAAAGAAGAGGGCAAAGAAGAGGGCAAAGAGACCAAUGGAGAAGCACUUGUUGACAACACCGAGGAAGAAAGGAAGAAAAAAGAACUGGCGCAGAAGAAAGCUUCUGCCCAUGUUCAUCGCUUAAUGCUGUGCUGUUUGACGCGUGAGAUGGAUGCUGCAUUUGGCAGCCACGUUGCUGAUGCCAUGCGUCAACACAAGGCCAAUGACGAGUUCCGACAGUACUUGUGCCUAUGCGAAGAUGCUGAAGAUACUGAGGUGUGUGAAGAGAUCGAGCGACUUUACAGUUGCAUUGACAAGGAUUCUGGCAGCAGCAGCAGCAGUUCGUCUUCGUGCCGAAAAAGGAAGUCACCUCCUAAGGAUUCUAAGGAUGAAAAGCCAAAGGAUUCAAAGGACAAGAAGGACAAGAAAGACAAGAAGAGCAAAAAGGACAAAAAAGAUAAGAGUAAGAAGGAGAAGAAGAGCCAGGGCAAGAACAAGAUUGGCAGCAAGGGUGAGUCGCAAGAGAGUGACAAGUACCAAGAGUCUGUGAAGGCAGACUAUGAUGCAAAAAAGCAGGCUUGCGAGGCAGCACGUGCAGAACUUCAAAAAGCUGUGGAUGAUGACAAGGUUGUUCGCUCCUUGAUCGAUGCCUGUGAUGCGGCCCGUGUAGAGCUGGGUCGGAAAGAGCUCGGACCACUGGAGAAGGACCUCUGCGAGCGUAUUGCUAGUGGAGAGGCAAAAGGCAAUACCACAGAAUUCACUGAAAAACUGGCUGGCUAUUCCACCGGCAACGAAUCUCGAGAUUAUUUUCGCAACAAUGAACUUCCUGUUGAGCCAUUGUACAUCAAGGUGCCCAUAAAACUGGCAGACGAUUCUGUUGGAGAAGAGCUUCUACCAGUGCAGCUUCCUUGGGACAUUUUCGACUAUUUGUUGAACAAAUGCAGUUUUCAACUUGGGGACAGGCUUGUCCAAGAUUUCUGGGAGCAUUUGGAAAACGUUGGAGAUACAUGGGCUUGUUCCACUCGAGAGUUUCGGGAAGCUCAUGGAGGCAAAGUCUGGCCUCUGGGGUUUUAUGGGGACGAAGCGGUCAUGGCCAUUCAGAACAAUCCGAUGAACAAAAUACUUGGGUUCACAGUCAACUGCCCCCUGUUCCGUCCACGGUCUACGCGGCUGAGCAGAUACCAAGUGUUCAGUAUCGAAACAGACAAGGUAGUAUCAUUUAAGGAUACUAUCUACCCAGUUUUGGAAGAGAUUGUCAAGUCCUUUAACAAGCUGACUGAGGAGGGCAUCAAUGGAACCAUUUUCCUAGUGUCAGAACUUCGAGGUGACCAAGCAUUUUUCAAGAACUUGUUUCGCCAUAAGUCAUGGUGGAAAGCCACCAAAGUUUGCUUUCGAUGCAAGGCUACUGCUGAACCGGGACCACUAAACUAUUGUAUCUAUGAAUCCAAUGACGGUUGGGCCACGACAGUACGCACCACGGAGCAAUUUCUGCUUGAGGAGCUUCCUGAUCAAGAUGCAUGCCACUUUGUUAGAGCUCAACUUCCUGUUCAAAUUUUCUAG